UCUCUGAAUCGAUAAAUAGAGAAAACCCUUAUCCCUUCUCCAAGCCACCAAAAGCCCCAAAACCUUCCGAUCAUCUCCGGCAUCGUCUUCGAAGUGUUUGGUGUCGAAUUGGGGAUUCCACUGAUGGCGGAUGAGAAAGAGAUCCCUCCGGGGAUGAAGGACGAGGUUGCAGAGUUUGUGCCGUUCGAUCCGUCGAAGAAGAAGAAAAAGAAGAAGGUUUUGAUCCAGGAUCCUGCUGAGGAGGCGGAGAAGCUGGCUGAGAAGACGGAGAAUUUGACAGUUAGUGAUGCACCUGAGCCGAGUUUUGUUGGCAUGAAGAAAAAGAAGAAGAAGCCGGUAGAGACUGAGGUUGUCAGCGAGGAACAGGAGGAUGCUGGAGAGGAUCUUGAUGGUGACCACGCUGGAGAAGAUGAGGAAGGGGAAGGAAUUGUGCUGGGACGUGUGCGAUAUCCGUGGGAGGGCACUGAUAGAGAUUACUUAUAUGAGGAGCUUCUGGAUAGAGUUUUCAAUAUCUUAAGGGAGAAUAAUCCAGAUCUUGCUGGGGAUAGGCGUAGAACUGUAAUGAGGCCCCCACAGGUUCUCAGAGAAGGAACAAAGAAGACGGUUUUUGUGAACUUUAUGGAUCUUUGCAAAACGAUGCAUAGGCAGCCAGAACAUGUUAUGACCUUUUUGCUUGCUGAAAUGGGAACAAGUGGAUCCCUUGAUGGGCAGCAGAGGCUGGUUGUUAAGGGCAGAUUUGCUCCCAAGAAUUUUGAGGGUAUACUUAGAAGAUAUGUUAAUGAAUAUGUCAUAUGCAAUGGCUGCAAAAGUCCAGAUACUAUACUUUCAAAGGAGAACCGCUUGUUCUUUCUCCGCUGUGAGCAGUGUGGUUCUCAUCGAUCAGUUGCACCAAUUAAGGCUGGGUUUGUUGCUCGUGUGGGACGUCGCAAAGCAGGGACAUAAAUUUUUCAUCUGCCAGGAAACAGUUCUAAGCUCAUGCUUUAACUUAGCUCUGCAAUUUUAGUUGAGGCUAUGUUUCUUGCUAAAGUACUAUUGUUAAGAACUUGCUUGUGUCUUUCCUAUAUCUUUACUGUUCAAAUCAUCUUAAAGUGUUGUGAUUGUGUGGCAUCCCAAUCAGAUUUUGGUUUUGGAUUUUGCCCUUGUUUCUGAAAUGCACCGCCUUCUGACUGCAUUUUGUAUCUAACCAAAUUUUUGGCUGCAUGGUUUGCAAAUUGUCAGAGUUUGGAGUUA